CGAACCACCGAGGAGACACUGCGUGAGCAGACGCAGCAACUGCAGCAGCAGCUGCAGCAGCUGCAGCAGGUGGCGGUCCCCCGCUGGCAGCGUGUCUUUAUGUUGCAUGCAGCAGCAGCAACAACAGCAGCAACAGCAACACCACCAGCGUCAGCAGAACCCGGCGAUGCAGCAGCAGCAGCAGCAGCAGGAACACCAACAACAGCUGCUGCUGCUGCUUCAGCAGAGACAGAUGAGGCCAGCUUAAAGGAGCAGCAGCUGUUGCGGAGCAGCGAGUUGCUGCUGCUGCUGCGGGAACAGCUGCUGCUGCGGCAGCAGCAGCAGCAACGCUGUGAGCUGCUGCAGCUGUGUCUGCCGCAGCAGCUGCUGCAGCAACUGAAGAAGAAAGUGCAGGGGCCUUUGCUGCUAGAGAGCUGCUGCUACAUGUGCUUGACGCUGAUGGAGUUUUUAUUUGCGGUGUACGGACAGCCAAUCUUAGAAGACCUUAAAAUUAACCCCAAGACGGUGCUGAGAGACAGGGGGUUUGUGCGCUGGCUGGGGCGUUGUCUCUUUCUGCUGGGAGAUUUGCUGCUGCUGCUGUCUCCUUGGCUGCUGGCAGCAAACAAAGAGCAGCAGGCAGCAGCAGCUGCAGCAGCGCCUGCUGCUGACACGUCUACAGCAGCAGCAGCAACAGCAACAGAAGCAGCAGGAGCAGAAGCAGAAGCAACACCUGCAAUAUUCUUGACUGAGCAGGAGGGUUGCAGAGACAGUUUGCUGCUGCUGCAGCAGCGGCUGCAGCGGCUGAUUGCUGCUGCAGCAAAAGGCAGGAUAUCUGCUUCGUCUCCUUUAGAUGAAGUUGAGGCUGCAGCAUCUCAGCUGUCUGCUGCUGUGCAGCAGCAGCAGCUGCUGCAGCAGCAGCUGCAGCAGCAGCAGCAGCAGCAGGUGCUGCUGCCGCAGCUGGCAGCAGCAGCACACAAAGCCAGAGGCGCCGCCAUGUGGGGUGCAUGCACUGCAGCAGCAGCACUAGCGACUGGACACGAGACAGCAGCAGCAGCAACAACAACAAAAGAAGCAGCAGCAGCUGCUGCUGCUCUGCAGCAGUGGCUGCCGCUGUCUGACUCUGUUACCUGUCUCCUUGCUUCGCUCCCAGAGGGACAAGACUUCGGCCUCACAGACAGCAGCAGCAGCAGCAGCAGCAGCAGCAGCAGCAGGGGGUGCUGGUGGUUGCUCAGCAGCGUCAAGGGAGACGACCCCGAAAAGUUUGCUGCUGUCUGCAAGACGACUGACAAGUUGGCGCAGCAAGUGGCCGAAGGAGAAGACAGACGCACGACGGAAGCGCAGCAGCAAGAUAUACAGACGCUGUCGAGUUAUUUCCUUGCUGCUGCUGCUGCAUGCAAGUCGGGCCCCACAGCUGUCGCUAGUGGGGGUUGGGAAGGGCUGCUGCAGCAGCAGCACCAGCAGGUGCAGCAGCAGCAGCAGCUGCAGCAAAUGCUGCAGGAGACGCAUCAGCAAGUCGAUAAACUAAAGCAGCAGCUGAAGCAGAUUGAGGCCCUUCGUUCUAUCAUUUGGAAGCAGCAGCUGGAGCUGCAGCAGCUGCACAUUAGUAGCGCAGCAGCAGCAGCAGCAGCAGCAGAUGAGGACUUCUUCUCGAAGCUGCAGCUGCAGCAGCAAAUCCGCGAGCAGCAGCAGCAGCAGCAACAGCAAAGCCGCGAGAACCAGCAGCAGCAGCAGCUGCUGCUGCUGCAGCAGCAGCAGCAGCAGCAGCAAAAUGGAGACAGAAGAGACACGGGGACAGCUGAGGGCCUCAAAUUGGUGAAGGAAUUCAACACUCCGGAGGGCCCCUCUGGCUUUGGCGAGACCCCCAGCCCUGGGGCUUCGAAUUUCUUGCGUUGUUUCAGCAGCCUUAAGGAUAUUGCUUUUGUAGAACAGCUGCCGCAGCAGCAGCAGCAAGAGCAGCAGCAAGAGCAGCAGCUGCAGCAGCAGCAACCAGCUAUGCGUAUCCGCCUCCAGGGCCUGCCGCCUUGGCUCAGCUCUUCUCCUGCUGCUGCAGCAGAUGCAGCAGGAACUGCUGCUGCAGCACAAGCAGCAGGUGCAGGUGCAGCAAAAGAUGCAGAUACAGCAGCAGCAGCAACAUGCAGCGCAGCAGCUACAGCAGCAGAAAACGUCACAAUGAAACUCAUAGUUAGGGAGGAUCAGUUAGCGCUGCUUUAUAAACGCAUUGCUGGCAUGUAG